AUGAAAUUUUGUGCUUGCGGAAAGGGUUGUUCCGAUAUUCAAUCCCUGAUUCGAUGCAAUAACACGUGUCGACCUGUAAAAAGUGGAAAAGCGAGUUUCACUCAAGUCUCAAUUGCUGCGGAUAAACGCAGUUUGGAUAUGAAAGAUUUAGUUUCCUCUGGCUUAUUGGGUUUGGAUAAUGGUGCGAAUAAAUGCGACUCUUCUAUUUCAAAUCUUGGUACUGGCCUUCAAUCUGCAGCCGAGUGUUCCAUUCCAGUUGAUAGGGUUUCAUGUGUUGACGGUGAACGUCGGUGGUCAGAAAAUCGAAACCCAUCUUUUUUUGGGAAGGUUGAUUGUGGUUCUGUGAUAUCUCUUGGUUCCUUAACAGUUCCCACAUUACAUGCCCAGAAAAAGGCACCUUCAGGUGAAUGUGCAACUCCACACUGUCGUGGUUUUCACAACUUAUCUUUACGCGUCAUAUCACCUGUAGAGGCUAAGUUCACCUUACUGACUACGUCCGCCUACUCUGAAGGGACUAAGUCAGAUGCUCAGAAUUCCAACGAGCCAAUAAACUUGGACAAUAAGGUACCUGACUGCACGGAGAAUUCGGUUGGUUCUACCACAUUUCCAGGACAUUCCAGUAUCAACUUCUCAGCCCCUUGCCCUCUUUAUUGCGACGCACAUUCUAGUAGCGGUUCAGAAGCCUUUGAAGAUCUGCUGACGCGACUGAGAACGGAUGAACCAACAAAACAGGUUCGGUCUAAAGGGCACUCUGAUUUUUCAUUCGUCGUUUCUGACGGUUCAUCAUCAUCUGACUUAGAUUCGAAUGAUGGCCCAAGUUUUUAUCAUCGGAUCGACAACACUAAUUUGAGGGAAUCGAUGAAUGCUAGGCGAACGAUACCUGUGAGAAAUAAACUACGAUUUGAUUCCUCUUCUGAUAGCAGUGAUGGCGAAGUGGGGAAGUCUUCUGCAUUAGAAUUGUCAGAAGGCGAUGAAUUUGAUCAGCAUCGGCAAGUCGACUUGUCACCUCCACCAAUUGUGGAUUUCCCACGAAGAAGCCGUCCACAGGGGGCUGAAAAGGCACCUCAUUUUAAUGCAAUUGAAAAUGUUCAACAGGUGAAUGCUCCCACACUACCCUUCAUAUAUUCACUGAGUUUAGUGGAUCGUAUGUCUCCUUCGCAAACGCCCGUUCGUAGACGUCAUCCCAGUGCUGAAAGGUUUGUGAAUAAUUUCAAGAAGAACCGUGAGGAGCUUGCAAACCGUCUUUUGACCUAUUUUAAUGAAGUCAUUUUUGAAAAUCAGCUUCCAGGAGAACUUCGAGUAGUAUGGAAUGAGCGGCUUCUCAAAACGGCUGGCCAAUGUGUUUACCUAAAGCGAAAUAUCAAACACGCAGACGGCUCAGUAACUUCGAGACGUGAGGUGCGGAUCGAGCUCUCGGGCAAGGUGUGCACGUCGGCUGAACGAGUGCGCGAUACCUUGCUGCACGAGGCUUGCCACGCCGCGGUGUGGCUGGUGCAUGGCGUCAACGAUGGCCAUGGACGCCUCUGGCGGGCUUUCGUGCGCAGAGCCAACUCUACCUUCCCUCAUCUACCGCCUGUCACUGUGCGUCACACCUACGCCAUCGAUACCCGCUUCACAUACCGUUGCACCGGAUGCUUUGCCACCAUCAACCGACACUCCAAGUCUCUUGAUAUCCAAAAGAAGGUAUGUGGUCGCUGUCAAUCUCAAUUCCAGCUUUUUGUCAACAAAAGUGGCGAAAUAGCACCCAUCGCUUCAGCGGGCGGGAACGAGGCGAAAGCCACGGGAGUGGGCUCCCGUUCUCGACCCGUGUUCGCCGACUUUGUGAAAGUACACUAUAGGGAGAGACGUGAGGUGCGGAUCGAGCUCUCGGGCAAGGUGUGCACGUCGGCUGAACGAGUGCGCGAUACCUUGCUGCACGAGGCUUGCCACGCCGCGGUGUGGCUGGUGCAUGGCGUCAACGAUGGCCAUGGACGCCUCUGGCGGGCUUUCGUGCGCAGAGCCAACUCUACCUUCCCUCAUCUACCGCCUGUCACUGUGCGUCACACCUACGCCAUCGAUACCCGCUUCACAUACCGUUGCACCGGAUGCUUUGCCACCAUCAACCGACACUCCAAGUCUCUUGAUAUCCAAAAGAAGGUAUGUGGUCGCUGUCAAUCUCAAUUCCAGCUUUUUGUCAACAAAAGUGGCGAAAUAGCACCCAUCGCUUCAGCGGGCGGGAACGAGGCGAAAGCCACGGGAGUGGGCUCCCGUUCUCGACCCGUGUUCGCCGACUUUGUGAAAGUACACUAUAGGGAGGCUUUUUUAAUGUGGAGGCGAUCUCAGUUGCUGGCAAGGGAGGCGCUUUUCAGAGUACCCUCAGCAUGCCUCGUGCUUGGAUUUCCGCUGAAUAAGCACUUAACUACCGGUUGUAAUGAUGGUUUAAAGCCGGAUCGUGUGGCAGAACUGAAAGAGCGAAUGAGAUACGGACCCAGAUUGGGCGAUUUUAUCAAAUCAAGUGGCUCUCUUGGCCAACCUUAUCACGGUGGGUGCGCUUCUCAAAUUGACCACGCACCCAAUGGACGGUAUGUUGACUUUUAG